AUGCUAGAAUUCUCGGAUGACCGUAUCUUCCUAAGAGUCGUUCUUUCAUCUUUCUCUUUCUCCUCAAAUGGUCAACUAAGUUUACGAAGAAAAGAAUUUCAACAAAGAACAGAUUGGUUAUGUAUUUCAAAUGACAUUAUGAUCUUAUUUCUUGCCUCGAAAUCAAUUCUAGGUAUUUAUGAAGCCGAACAAUCAUCGGAAGGUUACGAGUUUGUUUCGACAUGUUACAAACCUAAAAAUCUUCAAUUAUACCAAUUAAUGGAGCCAAUUAAAGAAAAUUAUCAACAAACAAACGCAACGCGACCUUCUACACAUAAAUAUCCAUGGGAAAAGUUUCUCGAAGAUGGUAUGCAGUAUUUACUAUCACAUAAUAUCGAUUGUUUACCACCAUCAACUGAUCAUCUUUAUAUAAAAAUGGAAAAUGGCGAAAUUGUCGAAGUCGAACAUCCAAACAAGGACACGAGAGAUUAUACUCGACCUAAAGUUCGCUUUGGAAUGAUCGCUGGUGGAAAAAACAUUUUAACAAAUGAUUAUUUCAAAACAACAUUGAGUGAAAAAUGCAACGUGCUCUGUUUUGAUUCUGAAAUCGAUCAAGUAUUAGCAGCUAUUCAAGGCAAUCAAAUCGAAUCAUUCAUGAUUAUACGUGGCGUAGCCGAUUAUCAUGAUGGAACAUUGAAUAAAGAAUGGCAACCUUAUUCAUCGUUAUGUGCUGCAUCAUUCAUGAAAACAAUUAUUUACAAAAUUCCACAUUCUGGUGAAACGGAGAAUAAUAAUGCACUUUAG